GUCCGCCGGCGUCACUACGCUUGCUGAGCCGACACCUGUCCCCUUGGCUGAAUAUACUGAGGUUCAACAUUGAUUGACUACAUGUUCGCCUUGACACCCUAAUCCAACCGACUCUGUUAUAGCAUCAACCUAUAUCCGUCCCGGCGCACACCGGCAGCGCAUCAACAUGGCAAACGUACUUCAAGGCGGGGAUGGCAUGAUGGGAGGGGUUGGCGGCUUUCCACUCGAGCAGUGGUUCUACGAGAUGCCCAUCUGUACUCGGUGGUGGAUGACGGCGGCGUUGAGUGCUAGUGUGUUGGUGCAAUGUCACAUCAUUUCACCCUUCCAGCUGUUCUACAGCGUUCGGACAGUCUUCUUCAAGAGCCAGUACUGGCGAUUACUCACAACCUUCUUCUACUUCGGUCCCCUCAGUCUCGACCUUCUCUACCACAUAUUCUUCCUCCAGCGCUAUGCGCGACUCCUCGAGGAGUCGUCUGGUCGCUCCACAGCACACUUUGCCUGGCUCCUCACAUUCGCCUCCACGCUCCUCCUCUGCAUCGCACCCAUGUUUUCCAUGGCUUUCCUCGGCUCGGCCCUAUCAAGCACCCUCAUCUACAUCUGGAGCAGAAAGAACCCGGAUACCAUGCUCAGCUUCCUAGGCUUGCUCGUCUUCAAGGCGCCGUACCUUCCUUGGGUGCUGUUGGCAUUUUCGCUCAUCAUGCAUGGCACCGUGCCCAAAGAUGAGAUGUGCGGCAUCGUCGUUGGCCACAUUUGGUACUACUUCAACGACAUCUACCCGCCGCUGCACAACAACCACAGCCCUCUCGACCCUCCCGCCUGGUGGAUUCGCCUGAUUCAAGGACGUCCAGCUCCUGUGGAAGAGCAAACAGAGGACGAGGUACCUAUGGAUGUCGACCACAAUGACCCGGUCGAGACUGCGCCUGCUCAGUGAACCGAAUAAAGGACAAGUGCAUUUACAUCUGGAGUUUGGCGACUCAUUAUUUGUGAUACCCUAGCUGUCUAUGGAUUAUUGUCAGCCUGCAUUAGCCAGUCAUCUAUUGCACUAGACAAUUGCAAAAUUCUUCUUCAACCA